UGCAACAGAGAAUCAAAAAGCAGUUGCAAUCCAGAGGGUGAAAUGGACAAGGAACCAAGGCCCUGGUCAGCUCAUGCUCUAGCCUUCCCUUAUCCUGCACAGGGACACAUAAACCCCAUUCUUCAAUUCUGUAAGCGCUUAGUCUCCAAAGGAGUCAAGGCCACACUUGUCACCACUAGAUUUCUCAGCAAAUCCAUUCACGUCGACCCCAGUUCCAACAUUGAUCUUGAAACCAUUUCUGAUGGCUACGAUGAGGGCGGCCAAGCUCAGGCAGAGAGCUCGGAGGAUUACCUAGCAACAUUCAAAGCUGUAGGAUCAGAAACCUUAGAAAAUUUGAUCAACAAACUGAAUGAUUCUGAUCACCCUGUUAAUGCCCUUAUAUAUGAUGGGUCCUUCCCUUGGGCACUAGAUGUUGCCAAGCAGCUUGGAGUUCUUAAGGUUGUGUUUUUCACUCAACCUUGUUCUGUCUGCAACGUAUAUUACCAUGUUCAGAGAGGUCUCCUUCCGAUGCCACUUUCAGGGCCAGUCGUUUCAAUCCCUGGACUGCCAUUGCUGAAAGUUUCAGAGACGCCAUCUAUGAUAUAUGAUCCCAGUUCAUACCCUGCUUUCUAUGAUUUGUUACUUGAUCAGUUCAUUAACAUUGAUGAAGCAGAUUGGGUCCUUGACAACUCUUUUCAUAAAAUGGAGGAAGAGGUGGUGGAUUGGAUGGAAAAACGGUGGAGAUUGAGGACGAUAGGGCCAACAGUUCCAUCCAUGUACUUGGAUAAAAGAAUUGAAGGUGAUAGAAACUAUGGAAUCAAUCUAUUCAAGCCUAAUUCCAGUGCUUGCAUAAGUUGGCUGCAGAGUAAACCUAUUGCUUCAGUGGUGUACGUGUCCUUCGGAAGCGUGGUGGAACCUAGAGUUGAACAAAUGAGGGAGGUAGCUUGGGGUUUAAAAAGAAGCAAUUGCUACUUCUUGUGGGUUGUUAGGGAAGCAGAGCUGUCUAAGCUGCCUGAAAACUUCGCGGAGGAGACGGGUGAGAAGGGUUUAGUGGUUACAUGGUGCUCACAACUGGAGGUGCUAGCGCAUGAGGCAAUAGGGUGCUUUCUUACGCAUUGUGGGUUCAAUUCAGUUCUUGAAGCUUUGAGCUUGGGAGUUCCAAUGGUGGCAGUGCCUCAAUGGUCAGACCAGCCUACCAAUGCUAAGUAUGUUGAGGAUGUCUGGAAAACGGGGAUAAGAGCUAAGCCUGAUGAGGAAGGAAUUGUGAGAAGAGAAGUGGUGGAGCUCUGUUUGAGAGAAGUAAUGGAAGGAGAGAAAGGUAAAGAAAUCAGGGACAAUGCCAGGAAAUGGAAGAAGUUAUCUAAAGAGGCAAUUGAUGAAGGCGGAACUUCGGACAAAAACAUUGAUGAAUUUGUAGCUGCAUUAAUUGGACAAUGCCAGGAAAUGGAAGAAGUUAUCUAAAGAGGCAAUUGAUGAAGGCGGAACUUCGGACAAAAACAUUGAUGAAUUUGUAGCUGCACUAAUUGGACAAACUAUAUCAUGAAAUUGUAAUUUCAUAUGGAAAAAUCUAACGAUGUUUCAUCAUUAAAGAAGUGAUAUGGAUAAAUAAAGUUAUUUAAAUCUUAAAAAAUGAAAAAACAUGUGUUGUUUUA